GCACCGCGCGCUUUCAGCAUGGCCACGGUGCUGUCCCGCGCGCUGAAGCUGCCAGGAAAAAAGAGCCCGGACCUAGGGGAGUAUGACCCCCUCACUCAGGCUGACAGCGAUGAGAGUGAAGAUGACCUUGUGCUCAACUUGCAGAAGAAUGGGGGAGUCAAGAACGGGAAGAGCACCCUGGAGGAGGUGCAGGACCCAGACUCAGAAGUGGAGGUCGAGGUGACAAAGCAGCGGCUGUCAGAGAGUGCCCCAGAUGGGUACCCUGCAGAGGCCACUGGCAGCCUGGAGCAGAAGGCAGCCUCCUCCCUGAUGCCAUACCUGCGCACAGCAGUCUUUUUGCUUACCAUGGUUAUCUCCAUGAUUCUGGUGCUGGUGUGCGCCUUUCUCAUUCCUUGUCCUCCUAGAGACUUGCAUAACACCUGGAACCGCAACCUAGGCCAGGAAGCAGGUGGAGUGCUGUUCCCACUGGAGCUCUCUGAUGUGAAUGGUGAUGGGCUCCCGGACGUCUUGCUCUCCUUCACAGCCCUGAUGAAUGCUAGCGUAUUGGGUGUUUCUACACCAUCGGUAACUGUGAUGGCCCUUUCGGGUGUGAACGGCAGCACCCUGUGGUCCAGCCACAUUCCAGAAGAGACUCGGAGUGUGCAGUGUAAAGGACUGACUCUCACAGCCCCAGCUGAGCCUGUCUGCCUUGUGACUGGAACAUCCAAAUUCCUCAGCCUUCUCCAGGCCUCCUCAGGGAAAACCAUCUGGACACUGAACCCAGCCCACCUGCCAAGUGGGACCCUGGCUGCACCAGCCGUAAUGCUGCCAGAUUUGGAUGGGGAUAAGGUUGGAGAUCUGGUGGUUCUGGCCAUCGGAGAGACCCAGCCAGACCUGUGCUUUAUCCUGGUAUCGGGUAAGACGGGAAACCCUCUGGGUGGGCCCGUGAAGUACAGCAUCAAUGGAGAAGGAAAACUGAUCGGCCCCCAAGCCCACAUUACCAGCCGAGGAGCCAUCUAUAUCCUGUUUGGCUUUGGUAAUGUCCAAGCAGUCGCCCUGAGGGAUCUCUUUGCCCAAGCCAGAAACCGUGACAGCUUCCCUCCUGUGCUGCAGCGGGAGGAGCCGGAGUGGGAGAAGCGCAGAUCUGUCAACUUAUCAGAGCUCAUUGACAUUUACAGCGGGGGCGUAGAGUUCCUGCAGAUGGUGACGGCUUCAGAUACUAACUGCAGCGACCUCCUCAUCACCACAAAACACAACCUGACUCUGCUGCGAGGAGAGGACCUGGAGCCCCGCUGGAACCUGGAGCUGCAGGACAUUCACAGCCAGCCUGCCCCUGGCUACUUCAAUGCUGACCAAACCCUGGACUUCAUGGUGCAGGCUCAGAGGAACGACAAUGUGAAAAAGAUGCUGGUGGUGGAUGGUAAAUCAGGCCUCCCUGUUUGGAGCUAUGAUCUCCCGUGUCACAUGCAGGAAUCUGAUGCCCUGUCAGUGAUGACUUUGGAGAAGAAAUCUGUUUUUCUCUUCUGGGCUGACGAAAUGCAGCCUGCAUUACAAAACUUGGAGCCUGGCCCAAGAAACAAGCAUCCAGGGCUACACCACCUCUACCUCCUGCACCCUACCUUUCCUGCCCUCCUUUUGGACCUCACCAAUGUAACAGACACAGUGACUGCUUCAGCCAUUGGAAUUAAUGAUCUCCAAAAAGAUGCAUUUUACAUCACCAUGACAACGAGCCCGACCUCCGAAAACCAGCCGGGUCUGCUGUUGGUCAGCAAGCUGGGCCUGCGGUGGGCCAUGCUCACUCAGAGCCGAAUGGUGCCGCUGAGGGAGACCACCUCAAAAAUCAGCCGUGGGGAAGUGAGGAGAUUCCUCUCCAGGCUGAAGUUUAUUGAUUUUCCUCACAAGUUCUAGCAUGUUGGCCCGUCAGGUUUCAAUAGCCAGGUGGACGUGUGGUCUAGGUGGGGCAC